AUGGACUCUGGACUUCGCCCCAACCUGCCACCAACAGCCCCAUCGACCGUUUUGCGCCUUGGUGGGCCUCUCUCGCCUUGGAAUGGCCGCAGCCAGGCCAGUUGGAAAGGGAACGCAAAUCACUCACAGCUCCGCUCUACCCAUCGCCGCGUUCAUCAUGUGACGGGCAGGACGGCCAUGAUCCCCUUUAAGAACACCGAACGGCCUGACCGAGGCAGAGCAGGAGGCACGCUGUCGUGCAUCGUCGAUGGCGGCGCCCCUGGGGUCUACUUCAGGUUCGUUUUCCUACACGGCGCUUCGACCGGCCGCGUCUCGCGGCUCGCCAGCGGGGUACAGCUGGUCCGGGUCGACGUCGUUGACCUGAACGGUAGAUGUCCUCAACACUUUCUUGGUCAGGGUGGCCUUCCUUCCCUGGAGGGCUGCAACAUCAGAUCCCUAUUUUGUGCAUGCGGGAGGAACCCCAGCCCGCCGAGCGGCCAGCUACCGCGCGUACUACUCCUUGGGGACCCUCCUCCCCUAAUCCUCCUACACGCUGUAGCCCGCCGACUUCCAGACGGCGAGCUGCUUGCAGAACCCGGCGUUGGGCAGCACGCGCGGCCUCUUGCCGACGACGAGGGCCCGCGCCUUCUCAAAGCACAGCUCGUGGCCGCCGCCCGGGCGGAUGGCGCCGGGUCCCGCGACCAGGCGCCGGGCUUGAAGGUGAGUAGCGAGAUGCGGGUGGCGAUGCCAUGCCUCCUAUGCGUGUCUGGAUCCUCAGAGCUUUCCACGUUCCCCAGCUCGUACUACUACCUCGCGCGUCUGGUCGAUGAGGGUGGGAGGCUGGAGCUGAUCGAGGUCGAGAUCGAGGACGGACUCACUCACUCAUGGGCCUCAGUCGGCCAGGCCCUCGCCAUGAUGGCCGCUGCGGAGCCGGCGUCUGAGCUGGGGCGGUUCAUCCAGGAGAGAGACAUCUUUCUGCGCAAGGCGGCGGUUGGGGAUGGGCUGGGUUUAGAGGGGAAGUAGAUCGUGUACGAAGACCAGGUAGGAAAUGGAACAGGAAGGGAGACGUCAAGAAAAAAAAGGACACAGAAAAGGUUCCAGAC